AUGAAUAGGGAUCAAGACCAAGAAUUGGCAGGUCAACAGGCACCUCCCACCAAGAAGCACAAGUCUGGAAGCCAAAAAAGAAAAGAGAAGCAGAUACUGGAAGACAAAAUCAAAAAGCUAGCUUCCAUUGACCGCUUCUUCAAGAAAAGCACACCUAAAGAGUCCUCCAUUUGCAGUACAUCAGAAUCAGAUAUUCAACCAAGUGUCACUACCUCUCAAGAAGCAUGUUCCAGCAUUGGAGAAGUCAGUGAGCUGGUUGUAGACCCUCCAGACCAGCCAACCGUGUCCUGUAAUUCUGGACCUCUUCCAGAGCUUAGUGAUGAUCCAGCAGAAUGGCCAGAUGUAAUCACCAAUCUACUGAGAUGCCAAGCUAUCAAAAGGGGCCCUAAGCAAGUGAAGCUGGAAGAUUUUCCACUUACAGAUUUCCCAGAUGGUACAAAAAGAAGAUUCUCAUCUGGUCAUUAUUACAGAUUGCUGGGUAGUGGGAAAAAGGAUCCACGAGAUUGGCUCAUUUACUCAGUGCUUGGAGAUUCUGUAUAUUGCUUCUGUUGCAGGCUAUUUGACAACGAAGCUAAAUCCAAUUUCUCAAACCCAUAUGGAUUUAAAGACUGGAAGCAUGUCAGUGGUAAGGGAUCCUUGCAUUCCCACGAAAUAUCUAGCAGCCACCUGUCUAAUUAUGCCAAAUGGAAAGAUCUGGAAUCUAGCAUAAAAAAAGAAACUACCAUUGACAAAGAUUUGCGUCGACAACUCCAUAUGGAAGAACAAAGAUGGCGCAAAGUAUUGUUGCGUUUACUGCAAAUAAUUCGCUGGAUGGCAAAAAACAAUCUGCCAUUCAGAGGAUCAUCAGAUACUGUGUUCACAGAACAUAACGGUAUUUUUCUCCAAUUACUGGAGCUGAUUUCUGAAUUUGAUCUUGUUCUGAAGGAACACUUGCAACGUGCCAAAGAAGGAACCAAUGCGCAUUAUCUAAGCAAGGAUAUGCAAAACAAAUUUCUGCGUUUAAUUGCUGAUGCAGUAAUUGAAAUAAUCAUAAAAAAGGUGAGACAAGCUAAAUAUUUUAGCAUCAUUGUAGACUGCACACCAGACAUCUCCAAACAAGAGCAGUUGUCACUUGUGCUGCGAUAUGUGGACAUCGAUGAUGUUAGCAAAACAGUGGAAGUCAAGGAAAGCUUUCUGGAAUUUCUGGCUGUCACAGAUACAACUGGAAAAGGUCUUGCAAGUGUUGUUUUGGAAAGACUGACGGAACAACAUGGACUGUGCGUGUCAAACAUUCGAGGUCAGUGCUAUGACAAUGGUGCUAAUAUGAGGGGACAAUACAAAGGAGUUCAGGCAAUUGUUUUAGAAAAAAAUCCUCAUGCCUUCUUUGUACCAUGUUCUCCACAUAACUGGAAUCUGGUAAUAGUGCACGCUGCAGAGAGCUCAAGCCGAGCAAAACAUUUUUAUGAUCUUUUGAAUCGCAUUUAUGUGUUCUUCUCCGGAGCAACUAAGAGGUGGGAAGUGGCUUCACAGCAUUUGUCACAUCUGACACUUAAAGCUCUGUCUCAGACACGAUGGUGUGCUCGCCUUGAAUCAGUGAAAGCUAUUUUGUUACAGUUUCCACAACUUGUUGAUGCUUUAGAAGUUUUUUUACAUGGUACCCAAUAUUCCAGUGACACAUACAGUGAGGCAAAGAUUUUAUUGGAUUCCAUAUGCACAUACCCCUUUGUUGUCUCUUUAUGUGUAUGGUAUGACAUUCUCCUCCAGGUCAACCAAAUUAGCCUGGCUGUACAAACAAAAACCAUUAAUGUUUCAAGCGUUAUUCCACUUGUAAAAUCUAUUACCACAGCUUUUAAAGAAUAUAAGGUGUCAGGUUUCAAACAAGCUGAAUGUAAGGCAUCAGGUAUUUGCGAAAAGCUGGAUAUACCCACUGAAUACCCGACACACAGGGUUAGGAAGAAAACUCGGCAAUGCAGUGACCAAAACUGUCAAGAGCCAGCAUGCCAGCAGGCAAGUGGAACAUCGUUUUUAGAUGCAAGGCAAGAAUUUGAAGAAAUAUUCUUCAAGCCUCUGCUUGAAACUGUCCUUGGUGAAAUUGAAAUAAGGUUCAAUUUUUUGCAAACAUUUACAGACAAGUUUGGAUUUCUAUAUGACAUCAAGAAAGAAGCUGCUGACUUGUCUAACUUACAGCUCCAGUGUUUAAAAUUCUCUGACCCAGCAGUUGAUGGAGAAGUUAUGCUUGAGGAGAUCAAGACACUGGCUAGGAUGUUACCUGAACAUCUGUGCCCACAGGAGACUUUAAAGUAUAUAUUCUCCCACUCACUUAAUCUGGCAUUCCCAAACCUUGUGUUGGCAUUACAGUUGUUGUUAACUGUGCCUGUUUCAGUUGCAUCUGCUGAAAGGAGCUUCAGUAAAUUGAAGCUAAUUAAAAACUACCUAAGGUCCCAAAUGUCGCAAGACAGAUUAAAUGCACUGGCGGUUCUUUCAAUUGAAUCUCAAGAAGCAGAAUGUGUAGAUUUUAAUCAGGUAAUCCAUGUUUUUGCAGCUGAAAAAACACGUAGAAAAGUGUUUUAA